AUGCUGUCUCAAGUAUUGCGCUUUACUUUCCCGGCUGGGUCCACCAUAUCGUCUGCAGCGUUCCUGAAGCUGCGCCAACAGAUUGCUGCAGCAGGAGCGCCAACUCAAUAUUAUGGCUAUACCACGCCGACAAGAGUCUUGAGUCUACCUAGAAAGCGCCACGAAGUUUGUUGGGUUGUUCAUUGGCCUAGUGAGCUGCAAGACCGGAGCACUGUAGCCGAGGGAUUACUUAAGAUUGGUGUUACGGAUGCGACCGCUUUGGAGUUUGAAUUUACCGAUGCUCAAUUAGAACAUCUGACCAAAGCGCUCAACGCUCCAGUGUGCGAGUUUGCAUGCAUCCGACUGAGAGAUGACGCCCCACUGGAAGACGAAUCUCUACAGAAAUCAAUGCAUAAGACGUAUUCCGAUACUUAUCAAAUUCAAGGAUUUACAGGAGGCUAUUGGGCAUAUGCUACUAACACCAACGAAACCGCGGGAGUGCCUUGCAGUAGUCCAGCUCCGGAAACAGUCCCCAAGUCCCAACGAAGACUUGGGGUUUACUAUCUGGGAUGGGAUAGCAUUGAGUUGCACGAAGAUGGAACCCAAACGGAAGCAUUUUCGGAGGAAAUCAACAAGCUACAGCCAUUUUUUGCUUCCGGGUCUGGAGCUUGGUACGCAAUGCUUCGACAGCACAAAUAA